GCGGGCGGCGGAGCGGCGGGAUGCGGCAGUGCCGGGCCGCGGGGCUGACCGCGGUGCUCCUUGCAGUGGCUGUGAGCAGAGCCCAGGUGCAGCAGGAGCCGUCGGCAGAGACCAGCGAGGGCAGCGCCAUCAACAUCACCUGCUCACACCCCAACAUACGAUCAAACGAAUACAUCCACUGGUACCGUCAGCUCCCGGGCCGAGGCCCCGCAUUCCUCGUCAGCGCCGUUAAAGACUCCAAGGAGGUGCCGGACCUGACGGGGCAGCUGUGGGUGUCGGCAGACCGCCGCUCCAGCGCUCUGUGUCUCGAUCGGCCCAGGCUCGGAGACGCGGCGGUGUAUUACUGCGCCGUGGACCCACGGGGAGGGGAUCCGGGGCUGCGGCCGGGCACGAACCGCGGUGGGCGGGCGGGGCGGGGGCACGGUCCCGUCCGGGCCCGCAGGGGGCGCUGCCGCUCCUCCCGCCGCGGCCGCCUCGCCUCGUGCUCGGCCCCGCCCGAGCUGACGUUGCUGACGUGGAACAUUUCCCUCGCACUGCUCGGCAUCCUCCGGUGUAAAGCGUUCCAGCUGCACACCUUCAUGAGCAGGGCGUAUCGAGUUCACAGGCACCUUCAAGUGGCCUCCACAGUGGCUCUGUUUUUUCACUAA